AUGCAAUAUCUGUUGUUCUGUUUGGCAUUCCUUGCCACCAUUCCUCCUAGUAUCGCAAAAGGUACAGAUCAGGCUCCCCUCAGGCAUUCUGAGCUACCUCGAAAGACUGUAAUCAAUCAUGGAUUGGACGCCGACACUAGCCGAUACAUUCAAGGUAUUGCAGAACAUUUCCACGUCCCGAGUAUCUCCAUUGCAGUUCUAAAUGGAAACGAGACGACAUUUGAGGUCUUUGGCCAUGCCAUCUUGCCAGACACCCUAGCCACGCUAGAUACCAUGUAUUAUAUUGCAUCGUCCACAAAGUCUUCUACGGCCGCUUCACUCUUGUAUACUCUGAGACAACAAGAGAAGACCAGCGGCAACAAACAACAGCCAUGGACCGUUGAUUCCAAGCUCAGGGAUAUACUGGGUGAGGAUUUUGCUCUGCCCUCGGAGUACGCGACCCAUCACGCAACAAUCAAGGAUGCGCUUGCACACCGUCUCGGACUCGCGCGCUGUGAUGAGUCCUAUGGGGGCGAAGACUACGGCAUCUCGGACUUGGCCCGUAGCCUGCGACACCUUCCCACCAUCGCCGAGCUGCGCCAGCAGUAUCACUACCUGAAUCAAGGCUACAUGCUCGUGCAGGCCGUGAUUCAAAAACUGAGUGGACGCUGGAUUGGCGAGGUGCACCGCGAGGCGCUUUGGGAGCCCCUAGGUAUGGAUACGACUGUCAUCAAGCUUUCUGAUGCGCUGGAGCUCGACCGUGGAGCCGGCAACGCGACCUUGGCGUUUGGAUACUCCUACAACCCUUUGACUGGUCGCCACGAUCACCAACCCUGGACGGACACGGAUCUGGUCGGCGGCGGCGGCAUCAUCAGCACUAUAUCGGACAUGGCAAAAUGGGUGAGAGCAUUCGUGGAGGGCGGUGCAUCAUUGCCACUUGGCAAGCAGGACUUUGAAGCUCUGAGAACGCCACUGAUAAUUACGGGAGGCUCUGUUCGCAUUGAGCACAUGUCUCCAAUCCUCUACGCCAUGGGCUGGGAUACGAUGCACUACCGCGGCGAACGGCUCAUUACGCAUUCGGGCGAGCUGCCGGGCUACUCAUCACAAAUGGCCUACCUCCCAGACCGACAGUGGGGUCUGGUCAUGUUAUCCAACGCCGACGCCUUUGCACAGGAGGCGUUUGAGGCGAUAUACUUGCGGCUCUUGGACGACGGCCUCGACGUACCCGCAAGCGACCGGCAGGCCGACCUCGUGCCCGAGCUGGACGCGUCACUGGAACGACAGGUGGACACUGCUGUAGGCGAUGCCAGGAAGAGGUUCUACCCACACGCCCCCGAUCCGCCGGUCCCACGCGCCCUGCCUCUUCAGGCGUAUACUGGCCGGUACUGGAACGACGGGUUCCGCGAGCUCAAGCUCCGGGUCGAAAAGAAAGCGCUGGCGUCGACGCCAGCGUGGGAUCCCGAGGCACCUGUGCUCCGGGCUGACUGGCAUCGCGUCGUGAACACAACCAUUGAGCUCGAGUGGGUUUCGGGAGAACAGUUCCUCGCCUGGGUCGAGACUGAGGUGUGGUCGCUAUUGGGCGGCGCCGUGCCGGCCGAGUUCAGGGUUGGUGCAGAUGGCAAGGUAGAAAGCUUGGGCGUUUACCUAGAGCCGAGCUUGAUUGAACGGGGAGAGAUGAUUUGGUUUGAUAGGAUAGUAGAUGAUGAUAAGGAGGACGAGUUGAACGUGGCUAAGAGUAUGCCGGGGGAGUUGUGA